AUGGCUGACCAAGGUGAGGACGAUCCCGAGCUCACAACACUUACCGCACACGCCGAUGGAGAUCCCCCACAAGCCAUAGUGGUCACCCCAAGCCAGACCGCCUGUGAUGUGAAGCCCCACGUGAUUGCAAUCCUACCGACGUACUGUGGGAAAAGUUACGAGGGACCAUACGAAUUCUUAAAUGAGUUCUGCAAAAUCUGUAAGGCACAGAGGCGGCCAGCAGGAGCGAGCGAGGAUGAUUACAGACUGAAACCCCUACCUUUUGUCCUAAAGGGAGAGGCCAACACUUGGUUCAUGCGCCUGCCAGCCGACUCUAUCAAUACAUUGGCCGAUUUCAAGUCAGUUUUCCUAGCCGAGUUCUUCCCAUCUUCAAAGACAAGCGCAUUGAAGAGGAAUAUAUCGUGCAUAACGCAAGAAUAUGAUGAAACCCUGAGCGAGUACUGGGAGAAGUACAUGAGCCUUCUGGAGUCAUGCCCCAACCAUCGCAUGAAGGAGAUAGAGGUGCACCACACCUUCUAUGAGGGGAUGAACAAGGAAACCAAGGAUCUGGCGAAUUCAUCAUCUGGAGGUGAUUUCACCCAAUUGGGAGUAAGUGAAGCCAAAAAGGUAUUACGUAAGCUGUUGAAUGCGAAGAAGACGUACGGCAGAGAAAGGGUAGCAAGAUACUACAAUUCCAAUGGCAAUUGGAUUCCGGGGAAGCAAAGGGAUGCACCAUGGAGGGACCACCAAAAUUUCCGAUGGGGAGAUGGAAAUCAGAAUCAGAACCAAAAUCAGGCUCAAAAUCAACCCAACCCCCACCCGAACCAAAAUCCCAACCGUGGCCCAACAAACCCUGACUACCAAUCUAACUGGGUAGGAAGAAACCAGCAACCUCAGAACCAAAACUCUCAAAACCAGAACCCGAACCCUACCUAUGUGCCACCCCAUCAGCGAAACAACCAAAACCAGAACCAAAACCAAAACCAGAACCAUAACCAGAACCAAUUGAACCCAGGGCCUCAACAUAACACCCACCACCAAAAUCAAAGUCAGUACCAGCACAACCACGACCAGUAUAACCCUCCUGCCCAGUAUAACCAGUACCCACCGAACCAAAACCAACAAAAUUUCUCAGGCUACCAAUCAAACCCACCACCUCAGUAUAACCAGCACCAGAGCUCAAACCAAUUCCAUCAGCCAAACAGGUCGAGGAGGUCUAUGGAAGACAUGAUGGGAGAGAUGCUUGCCUCGCAGCAAAGCAUUAAAAAUGACUUGCAGUCCAGUAAUGAAACAAUGCAAGGGAUGCAAAGUGCCCAGAAGGAGCAUAGGGCAAAUAUGGAUAUGAUGAACAGGCAGUUGGCCCAGCUCGCUAACUCGGUGGGCGAAAUGAAAGGGAACUCAGGGAAACUCCCAUCUACAGUCCAUGUACCUGAAAAGACAAAUGUGAGCAAGAUUACACUGCGGUCCGGAACAGCUUACAAUGGACCUCAACUCAAGAACCCUGUUGCGGAGUCAAGUAGAGAAAGAGUGCUGGGCGACACCAUCUCAGCAGAAGAACUCAAGAGGCCUCUGCCUCAGAUGGAGGAUCCGUUUUUUCUAAACGAGAAGCCUCCUGUGGAAAGAAAGGAGGGAGAAACAUAA